AUGGUCUCCUUCACCCUCCCCGCCCUCGCUACUCUGGCCCUGGCAGCCCUGACCACGGCUGCCCCGACCACCCAGACCGACUCCGUCGAGGUCUUCUCCUUCUCCAAGUGGGUCGACGGCAUCAUCGCCAACCCGGACGGUGACAACCUCACCCCCGAGGAGGCCGUCGAGGCUUGGCACGCGUCCCUCAACGAGACCAGCGCUGCUGCCGAGAACGGGCUGCUCCAGAAAAGAUACUACUGCAACACAAUCCCCAACACUGAGGCCUAUGUCCCCGACGCGGUUACGUGCAUCAACGACCUCGCUCGCAAGGGUAGCCAAGCCUGUCAAGUGGCCGGCUCCAGCGUCUUCUGCGUGGUCGGACAGGCUCAGAUUACCGGUGUCGCCGGCGGUGGCGCUACUACCACUUCUUCGUCUUGCAACGACGUCGCUCGUGGUGCUGGGUUCGUGAUGGACUACUGCACGCGCGCGGACAACACCGUCCAGGGAGCCGAGUAUGCGUACGGCAACGGAAACUUGCUUGUCUGGAUCCGCAAGCCUGGCAACUAA